AUGUUUGAAUAACCAUUUACAAGACAUAAUAGAAUCUCAGAAAACCUUAAAAAGAUUAACGUAUAAUAAAAAUAUACAUUCGACACUCUUUAUGAUGAUAUAGGUGUUGGCUUUUUAAAUUAAUCAUUAAUUUUUAAGUUAUUUUAAAAGAGAUUCAAAAUAAAGAGUGCGCUGUUUUUGACAAUUGUAUUUAUUUUAUUCUUGACAGCCUAUUCUAUGGCCACUUCAUAUAUCAGCCAUAUUAUGUUGAUUGUAUAUGCAAUUUUAUAAACAACUUAUGAAAUUCAAAGGUAAAAAGAUUCUAAAAAGCAACUAUUAAUAUUUUGGCUAAUAUUUUCAACAGAUCUUUUGAUAGAGAAUUAUUUUGCCAGAGAAAAGUUUACAUUAAUUAGAUAUACUAAAUUUAUUAUUAUACAUGCUUGUUUUAUGUAUAGAUUAUAUAUCCUAUCCUUUAUUUUAUAAUUGGUAUAAUCAAUAAAUAUAUAUAAUAUAGUAUGAUCUAUUGACAAAAGGAAAAUACUUCAUGAAUCCUUAGACUUCUAAUAAGUCCUAUUUUAAAUGA